AUGCAGCCCCCUCGCCUCCUCCUCCUCCUCUUCCUUCUCCUUCUCCUCCCUGGGACGUGGGCAGAUCCAGAGGGCUCUUGUAAACUCUACCUUUUCCAAACCUUCACCUUCCACAACACCAACUUUGUGGACAUUUCGGCCUGGGCCACCCUGGAGGACAUCGUCUUUGCUGCCCUGCAGAAAUACACCUGGAAGAUCCUCUACUUCCACCCAUGGGUCUACCCGGCCCUGCCUGCAGCGGAGUGGGAGAACCUGGAAAACCUGUUCAGGGUCUACGUGCACAACUUCAUCCUGUCCCUAUCUGCUGAUGCCAGGCAGUACCAGACACCCUACCCCUUCGUGGCCCAGUGCAUGGCAGGCUGCGAGCUCUACCCCAACAGGACCUCCCGGGCCUUCGUCUAUGUGGGCUACAAUGGCCAGGACUUCCUCACCUUCGACGUGGACAAUGCCACCUGGCUCUUCUGCCAAGACACCAGCCUGUCACGGUACGUCCAGGCUGUUCUCCAGAACUAUACUGCCUUCAGUGAGCUGGUGGAUGUCCUCUUCAAUGAUACCUGUGUCGACGACAUGGAGGUGUUACUGCGCUAUGGGAAAACAGCUCUGGAGAGACAAGAGCCACCCGUGGCCACGGUCUUCGCCCGCACACCCAGACCAGACCAGCUCCUGCUGGUUUGCCACGUCACCGGCUUCUACCCACGGCCCAUCAGUGUGGCCUGGCUGCGGGAUGGCCAGGAGGUGCCGCCGGGCCCGGAGCUCAACACCAGUGCCAUCCUGCCCAAUGCCGACCUCACCUACCAGCUCCGCAGCGUCCUGGCCGUGGCCCCCCAUGACGGGCACAGCUAUGCCUGCCGCGUGCGCCAUCGCAGCCUGGGCACCCGCAGCCUCCUCAUCCCAUGGGGGAACUCAGAGGUUGUGCUGAUCGCAGGGCUCGGGGCCGGACUGCUAACAGCUGUGGCCGUGGCUGCCAUCACGAUGCUUUGGGUGUGGAGACGCAGAAAGCACCAGCAGAUGGAGGAAUCAGAGUCCAGGAACUCCAUCCUGAGCAAAGAAGCUUAG